GCCGGUGACGUCGCUACGGGGACGGUCGGUGCUGUUGGGGAUUGACUCAGUGAAGAAAAGAAAUGGCGAUGCUCGGAGGUUUUACAGCAGCCCAGCACAAGAAAAUCGUCUCUGACGGCAGCAACGACGUGUCAGAAUUCAUCUGUCCAGUGUGUCUCGAAAUUUUCGAGAGUCCCGUAACGACACAAUGCGGUCAUACGUUCUGCCAGAGUUGUUUUCAAGAAUGCUUGCGUCCACAAAAGCCUGUGUGUGCUGUAUGUAGGGCCACUCUGGGCCACUGCACAAAAGCCGUUGAUCUAGAAGCCCUCAUCCACUCAUCUGUGGCCGCUUGUAAAGGAUGUAGAGUCCAGGUUGGCCUUUCUCAGAUGAGAAGCCACACAGCUGCCUGUCCAAAAUACCAGGAGUACAUUGAGGAGGGUGUGAGGACCACUGCCCAGAGCCAGCCAACCGUCAUUAGUCCAGUGCCAAAUCGAUACACCUUCACUUGUCCCUACUGCAACUGCCCGAACCUCGACCAGGAUGGCCUGGUGGAACAUUGCACUUCCCAACAUGCUCGUGACACACGCCAAGUUGUGUGCCCUAUCUGUGCCUCGAUGCCUUGGGGAGACCCAAAUUACAGGAGUGCAGACUUUUUCCAGCACCUGAAGAUCCGACAUACUUUCUCAUAUGACACAUUUGUUGAUUACUCCACAGACGAGCAUACAAUGAUUCAGGAGGCUUUACAGCGCUCCCUUUUGGACAACUGAAGGAGAAAGACACAUGGAAGCAAUCCAGCUGCAGGAAGCCGGAGAAGAGAUCGUCUCCAAAAGACAUAAAAACACACUGUAUCAUCAUUCAUCUUUCUUGAAGAUGGUGGUACUUUAUUUCUAUGGGUGAUUAUUUUUGCAGGGAACUGGUAUUGUAUCUAUGAAUCUAUAGGUUAAUAUUCAGAAAAUAAAUUAGGCAAUAUGGCUAAAAUAUUGGACUGUUUGACUUACCAGUGAUACCGUGUUUCUGGUGUGAAAAUUUCUCACCUAAGCUGAGUCUGUAGACUUGAUAGUUUGUUGAGUAUCUCCUUAACUAUAUUUAAGUGUUUGGUCAGUCCUGACCUGGUGUCAUAUAACCAAAAGCUUCCAAAGUUGUGAAAAAAAUCCCUGCUGUCAAUACUUGAUGUUAUAGGAGGGUUUGACCACUAGGUGGCUGACUUUUACUAGCAAACAAGAAUCUUCACUCAAGCAACAAUAAUAUAAACGGUAAAAUUGUACUCCAGAAUGGUUGUGCAUGUAAACACUCACAGGAGAAAAUGGGAUUGUCCUUAUUGUUUUGUUCCGUUCUAUCGUGGGCUAAAUGUGUUGUGUUAUUUUUGUUUCGUUAUAACUGAUUUAUCUCGAUAAAGUGUGUGUGCGUAUGUGUUCCUUUUUGGUUUGGGUUUUUUGAGAUCUACUGGAAAGAAUAAAUUAUAUGAGAGUCAAACAAAGCCACAGAAGGCUGUUUGCUUCAUUGUAGUGUUCCUCCUUUAUGUCUUUGUGCCUUCUGGUAGAUCUUGUUUCUGACUUCCACAAUUUAUAGGGCUAAUAGUUAAUCCUAGGAAUGGAUGAAGAAGGAGAAGAUUAAUGAAUUAUUAUAGUUUAGUGUGUUGUUUUUUCCCCCCACACCUUUUGGUGAGAAAUUUUCUUAUUUCUUGCCACAGGAGGGCAGUAGACUUCUACCUUUUUUUACUAUCCUGAUAACUCCUGGUUCUUGCAAGACAUUAAUCAACACUUUUUUCCUUGGAAUUAUUUUUCUCCGGCUUAGUUCUUAACUGUCCCCCCAUUACAGAUGCAGCAGACACAAAUGUUAAAGGUAUUUCAAUUUCCUUGGACUUUUCAGAAACACAUUAUCUACAAUAUUGCGUCAAGGCAAUUGAUGAGGUAACCUAACACGUUACUCGCUGUAGUUUUUUCUUAUUUCCGGUGCUUGGGACAGUAAAGGAAUACACUCAAGUUUGUCGUGGCUUGUAUAUCUCGACUACAAAAUCCAAUUUAUUAUUGGAAGCUUCCUAAAACUGACGGCAUGUGUAGUCAAAUGUUUUUGUUACGGGAUUGUUUUCAUUUCUAACUGUACAUUUGGUCUCUUGAUGUUUUCCAAUAACUUGUAUUUGUCUCGGAUCAACCUCAUAUUGUAAUACAAAGUUUCACAGUUACAUUGCAUUUGUCUUCUUCCAACAGGUAAAUAAAACUGACAUGCAGACAACGUAGUGGAAGAGCACAACAUUAAUGCCUUUUCAGCCACACGUUGGUUCGACUUUGGCCUAUUUUGGACCUGUUUCUAACAUGUAAGGGUUCUUUUUUUCUUCUUCUUUUUUUUACUUUCAUCUCAGCCCUACUGUCAGGGGAUUCUAAAUCCUGAUAAAUUAAAGCUCUUUAAUUAUUUAAACCGUAGCCCCAAAAAUCAGGCACUGUGAUUUAUGUCUGUGUGUAUGAGAUGUGGGGGAAGAAACAACACUUGCCGCUGAUGGAUGACCACCUUACUUGUGGUCACAAAUGUGAAAAUAUUUGUGAGCAAAAGCAGUUAAAAGCAAAGUAUGCUGCGUCAAGAGAGUUGAUUCGUCACUAUAAGGUGUGUUCGUGGUGGGAACUGGCAGAGUUUUUUUGUUUAAAUUGAGGCUUUCUACAAACCUUUGUUCAAACCUUUGUUCAUGUAUUAGAAGUCUCGGCAGUGUUGUGUCAUACUGACAAUUAUCUUGCAAUGCGUCUUUGCAUGUGCUAACUUUGUGAUGAAACCUGUGCAUAUAUUGUCCACAGGGAGAGAAAAUCCUCUCAUCUCUUUCCCGUAGAGCCGCGUAUCUCUAAUCACUGUAGCUAAAUGAAAUUACGGCUUUAUAUGCAGCUCUACCAAGGAUCUCCCCCACUAAACUCAUGUCAGCCCCCCUUUCUUUAUCUAUUCUCUUCUCUUUAUUUCCCACAAUCAUGUUUUUGCUCCUGGCAGAGAAGUGAUGUUAGCUAUGAGAGAACUAACGAGAUAUUCAAAUGCUCCUGGGCAGGAAGGAAGUCAAGCCGAAAAACAUGGCAGAAAGAAGUCUUUCUUGUCUGUUUGGUGGCACAGCUUAAAAGAGAGAAGAGGCUAAGGUGGGGAAUGAGAAAAGGAAGAAAGAGAAGGGG